UUGGACGGACGCCAAACCAGAAUUAGAACAUUCAUUGUUCCAUGCAACAAUUAAUUGGACGCACUACUUUGCCCAUGCGAUUGCAAUUCCCCCACCAAACUCACCAGAUUUUAGUAGCGCUUGAAAUCCGAAUUUCCCCUCUCCCUCUAAAACCCUUCUUUUUUUUCAAUUUCAAAACCCUAACCCCCAAUUUUUCUCAAUUUUCGGUCUCCGAUUAGUACUCAGAACAACCUUACUUUCCUUAACUAAGUUGUUUUGAAUGCAAAAUGCCUCUCAACUCGCCUGCCAUGGCACAGAAUGACGCUGAAUUAGGUGGAAAUGAGUCUGAUCCGAAGCCACAACUCACUAAAAUUGCUAACCUUUCUGAAGAUUUUGAAAAGAAGACUUCAAGCAAGAGAUUGAAAGAUGUUGAAAUUUAUGUCCCUAUAGUCUAUGGAACAAUUGCGUUUUGGCUCGGUAGGAAAGCCACUGAAACUCAGUCGCAUAGGUGGUCAGUUUAUGUUCGUGGAGCAACAAAUGAGGAUCUUAGUGGGGUAAUCAAGAAAGUAGUUUUUCAAUUGCAUCCAAGUUUUAAUAAUCCCGUGAGAGUGGUAGAAUCACCACCCUUUGAGUUGUCAGAAUGUGGUUGGGGUGAAUUUGAAAUUGCAAUAUCCCUUCACUUCCAUGAUGAUGUUGGCGAAAAGAAGUUGGAUUUGUAUCAUCAUUUGAAGUUAUAUGCAGAGAAUGAGCCUGGUCCCCAGUCAACAAAGAAACCUGUUGUUGUGGAAACCUACAAUGAGGUUGUAUUCCCUGAUCCUCCUGAGGAUUUCUUUUCACGAAUCCAGAACCAUCCUGCAGUAAUUGUGCCACGGCUUUCGGCAACAUUUAAGUUUCCUCCGGCGCCAAGUGAGGAUUUGCACGUGUUGAAGAGAGUUGAUACGAAAAACCAUCCUCUUAGUCAGUGGUUCAUCAAUUUCUCCGAGGCUGAUGAGCUCUUGAAACUCACAGCAGCUCGUCAGACGGUGCAAGCUCACAUUGUUAAGCUGAGGAGGCAGUUGAGUGUGAUGGAUGAGCUACCCCAGACAUUCAAACUGGAUUCUGAUUAGAGUAUGUACAUGAUUUGUCUGUCACAUAAAGAACAUGUGAUGUCUAUUUGUACAUGUUGACAAGCUUAGUAGCGGAAGUUAUCUUCUUUUCUCCACCCACGUAUCUUUGUUAAAAUCUCCACCUGACCCUUCUACUAAACCCCAACCCCCUCCCUCCUUUCAUUUCUAUCUCCUCAUGCUGUGUAGGACAGGUGUGCUAUGUCCUGGAUAACAUCUAAUGACAUUUUCUGUAACAUCUAGGAUAGUUGUGUUAGUCUGGUUCCCACUGUAAAGAAGAAUGUUAUCAGGCUUUAUGGUUAAACACUUUUGUCAAAAAAAAAUGGAAGAAAAA